UCAUUCGAUAUGACUAGCAGAUAACUAACUCAUGCUCACUCAGACAUCAGCGUACACAAUUUCUCAGUAAGUUAAAAUUUCAAUUUCCGACCGGUCGCAUUACAUUACGUCUAACGCGUGGCAAGAAAAUGAUAAAACGAUUCGGAUUUCCGAUACUCAAAAGACAUUCGAAUGCAUUAUUCAGCUAUCGAAAGUGGUACCCAGUUAACAGCGAUAUAAAUGGAAGUGUUACUGCAUUACAGAUAAUCUCAUCCAGUUACAGUACGGUUUCAACAAAUCCGGAAAAAUUAUCCUAUUACCAUCAUAUUGGAAACGAUCCACUGGUUUACAGAACGUACGCUGAACAUUUCGAAAUAUCGGCAAAAAAGUAUGGAAAUAGAGAAGCUAUUGUGUCGUGCCACGAGGGAAAACGGUAUACGUACACCGAAGCAUUGGAAAAGGUAAAUCAACUGGCGUCUGGAUUCAUAAAUAUUGGACUCAACAAAGGCGAUCGUAUUGGCAUUUGGUCACCGAAUUCCGCCCAGUGGUAUAUAACAAUGUUAGCAGCAGCGAAAGCCGGAUUAAUUUCGGUGGCACUGAAUCCUGCAUAUCAAGGUCCAGAAAUAGCACAAUGUAUUAAAAAAGUGAAUAUGCGAGCGAUUGUUGCGCCAGAAAGCUACAAGGCUCAGAAUUAUUACGAGAUGAUAUGUAAAAAUGUACCGGAAGUAACAGAGUCCCGAGGUGGCGUAAUUAAGAGCAGUGAAUUUGAUAGUUUCACUACGCUGAUCUUGGACUCACCAAAUAGACUCAAAGGAACGCGAACCUUUGAGGACGUUUUGCAAUUGGGCGCAGACAAGAAUUGUUUUGUAAAAGUUAAGCCGGAUGAGCCGUGCAACAUACAGUUCACCUCCGGCACUACAGGCACUCCAAAGGCCGCCCUAUUAAGUCACUACAAUUUCGUCAACAAUGGAAUUCAUGUGGGAAAUCGUAGUCAAUAUAGCGAAAAACCGCAUCGUAUCUGCGUUCUGGUGCCAUUCUUUCACGUGUUUGGAAUAGUUGUUUCAAUGACAGCAGCGAUAACUCACGGUGCCACUAUAGUUGUUCCAGCACCAACUUUUAAUGCUGAAAAAUCACUACGGGCUAUUGUUGAUGAACAAUGCACCGUAAUUCACGGAACACCAACAAUGUACGUGGAUUUAAUAGCCAAGCAAAAAGAACUAAAUCUACCAAUUAGUACAACAGAGAUUGCAGUCACCGGUGGAUCACCAUGUCCGCCACAAUUGUUUAGGAAUAUAAAGAGCACUUUCAAUCUCAGCUGUGUGAAGACAGUGUACGGUUUAACGGAACUCUCAGCCUGCGUAUUUUUUUCGUUAAACAAUGAAACUGAGAAGCAAGUGACUGAGACCGUAGGUUCUCUACAAGAUCAUUUAGAAGCGAAAAUUGUUGACCAGGAGGGAGAUAUUGUACCGUUCGGCAAACCAGGUGAAUUGUGUGUUCGUGGAUAUUCGACAAUGCUGGGAUAUUUCAAUGAUGAAGCGAAAACGAAGGAAAUAUUCACCAGGGACAAAUGGCUGAAAACUGGUGACCAAUUCAUUUUGCAAGAAGACGGCUACGGACGUAUUGUUGGCCGAUUUAAGGAAAUGAUUAUCCGUGGCGGAGAGAAUAUUUUCCCAAAGGAAAUCGAAGACUUUCUGUCCACGCAUCCAGAUAUAAUAGAGGCGCAGGUGGUCGGAGUGCCCGAUGACCGAAUGGGCGAAGAGAUAUGCGCCUUCAUUCGGACGACAGAGAAGGGCAAAGUGCUUCAACAAAAUGAUAUUAAGGAGUUCUGUACGGGAUCGAUAGCGCAUUUUAAAAUACCGCGGUACAUGAAAGUCGUCGACGAAUUUCCGCGAACAACGUCCGGGAAAAUACAGAAGUUUAAAUUGAAGGAACAGUACGAGAAAGAAAAGUGUGAGUGAUCAGAUUAACACGACAGGGAAUAAUGCUCGAGCAGCAGGGGCGCCGACUUCUAAGGACAAGCGAGGCUCGGGCACCACUACUCGAAUGAUGA